AUGGACCAACAAUAUAGCUCAUGCAAUAAUGUUAGCUCAAACUCUAUGGAAUCUGGCAAAGCAAGCAUAAUUUCAUUUGGAAAAAUCGAGUCUAGAGCAGAGAGUUUAGAUGGAGAAGAAAUUUAUCCGAGAAAUGGAUUAAGAGAUGAAAAGAGUGGCUCAAUGAUUACACUGUUGAACUCCACAAAAGAUCCUGAAAUUAUUAAUAAAGGACGGCAAAUAGAGAGUACAAUGUGCACGAGCUUAUGAGUUCAAAAUGAGAAAAAUCGAAAUAGCAGGAAUCCUAUACAUAGCAACAAUUGCUGCUGCUUAUUACUGUGACACAAUUUUAAAUUUUUGAAUUAA